ACACGGAAGAAGAAGAAGAAGAAGAAGAAGAGAGGCGAGAAGUCAUGGCGGCUGACAGUUUGUAAUGAGCCAACAAAAACAGCCAAGAGUCUUGCAAGUUGGAUCCAAACCGUUCAGGCCAGGCGCGGCGACAGAAACUCGGUCGGCAAAAUGCUGAUAACUCUGAAAACCUUACAGCAGCAGACGUUCAAAGUCGACAUCGACGAAGAGGAGACGGUGAAGACUUUAAAAGAGAGGAUUGAACAGGAGAAGGGAAAGGAAAUCUUCUCAGUUGCUGCACAGAAACUGAUAUAUGCUGGUAAAAUCCUCAAUGAUGACACUGCCCUCAAAGAGUAUAAGAUCGAUGAGAAGAACUUUGUGGUCGUCAUGGUGACAAAGACUAAAACGGCCUCGGCCGACCCGCAGCCUUCACCUUCCACUUCAGCUCCCAGCACCGCGUCCUCCGCAGCACCUCCCGCCUCAUCGUCUGGCUCGGAAGAUACGACUGAGCGCGCCCCUACAGACGACAAGCCAGAGGAGAGACAAUCUUCAACCGUGGAACCAGCUUCCUCCCCAGUCGGAAGCUCCGAGGCCCCGACAAACACAAACCUAAUUGAUGAGGCAGUUUCAAAUCUAGUGACGGGCCCGUCAUACGACGCCAUGGUGAACGAGAUGAUGCUCAUGGGCUACGAGAGGGAGCAGGUGGUGGCGGCUCUGAGAGCGAGCUUCAACAACCCAGACCGAGCGGUGGAGUACCUGCUCACGGGCAUCCCAGGCAGAGAUCAGGACCACGGGACCGGGCCCGAGGCAGUGGUACCUCCAGUGAGCGGAGUUUCAGCUGUACCCCUGGGCGGUAUCAGCGUCCCCGCCAACACUGGCUCAUCUUCAAGUGCUGGAGGCAACCCCUUGAGUUUCCUGAGAAAUCAGCCCCAGUUCCACGUGAUGCGACAGCUGAUCCAGCAGAACGCCGCCCUGCUUCCGGCCCUGCUGCAGGAGAUCGGCAGGGAAAACCCAGAGCUGCUGCAGGAGAUUAGCAGCCACCAAGAGCAGUUCAUUCAGAUGCUGAAUGAGCCCAAUCCAGAAGGCGUGCCAGUCGGUGGCGGGGGCGGCUCCGGAGGAGCAGGGGGAGCCGGGGGGGUGGCGACCGAUGCACCCGGCGGAAGUCAGAUGAGCUACAUCCAGGUCACGCCGCAGGAGAAAGAGGCCAUCGAACGGCUAAAAGCCUUAGGAUUUCCAGAGGGACUUGUUAUACAGGCCUACUUUGCUUGUGAGAAGAACGAGAAUUUGGCCGCCAACUUCCUUUUACAACAGAACUUUGACGACGAUUAGAAGAGCCAUCCUUACUUUUGAUUCAUUUUUUCAUAUUUCUUCCUCUACUUUUUGAUUGCUGGUAUUGUAUGUGUUCAACAAGCCUUUUACAUUGCUUAAAAAAAAGAAGUUUUAUUCACACUUCCAUAUUCACUUCUCUUAGUAACACUGGAUCAUUAUCACAAGGACAGGCUGUUGUUUGUGAUCAGUUUGAAGUGGACGAACAAUUAAAGAGCAGUAACUGCAUCAGAAAUCACCCGUGUGCUAUUGUUUUUUUAACACCAGUUAAGUCCUUUGAUUAUUAUUUUUUAUAAUCACGGUUUGCAAUGACAGUAUAUUUCAUGAAUAGUUUGGGCAGAUCUGAAAGGUAUCCAUGCACUCACAUUGUUCUGUUUUGUUACUCUGUUUUUUUUAAGUUGAGAGGUAAUGGAGCUUUGAAAAACUGAAGCUGUGCAUAACAAACGGCAUGUAUGACACUGGCUCUUUUUCUAUCCACCACCCAUAAUCUGCAUGUAACUCAAUGGGAUCAUUGGCAGGAGCAGUGUAAUGUUCUCUGAACAACAAUGCAUAUAUGAAGGCAUUUAAACAAGGAUAUAGUUUAAAAACGUGAUAGGAAUAAGUUGCAACGACUGAAAAAAUAAAGUUUUCAAGGUAAACGAAAA